UUUUUGAUCACGUCUGCCAGAUGAGGCGGUUCAGUUGUGGACGGGACCACCCAAAGCAGUUGUGAAUGGGGACGCACUCACAAUAUUUUAGGGAAUGGCAGCUUUAAAGGACGAUCUACAAUAAUUUGGAUCUGCUCCCUUGUUCUUUACCAUCUAAUUUAUGCACGUUGUGAUUGAUGAGAUUGCACAGGAAACCGCCUCUGUAACUGAAUUAAGAAGCGAGGGGAGUGGGCAGGAAACGAAGGGAAGGGAAGAAUGGAAUUGAAAGGAACCGGGGAGAGUGAAGUGGAAGCCUUCUUGGCAGAGUGCAGGCGUUCUGGAGAUGGUGCUUACAAUGCCAUAAAAGGCAUUCUGGAGAGGCUCGACAAUGUGGAAAGUCGGAAAGAAGCGCGGGUGUUCCUCGCCUCGGUUCAAAGGCACAUUGCUGCUACCGACUCCCACAAUCGCCUCUCCAUUUUCCAUUUCAACAUUCAUGAUUUGUCCCUCUCCAGUUACGAAGGUUUUCAGCAAAAUAGGAAGAAGUUGACAAUGAUGGAACUUCCAAGUAUUUUUAUUCCAGAGGAUUGGUCCUUUACAUUUUUUGAAGGAAUCAACAGGUACCCUGAUUCUAUGUUUAAGGACAGAACAGUAACUGAGCUUGGGUGUGGGAAUGGAUGGAUAUCCAUUGCAUUAGCUGAAAAGUGGUCUCCUCAGAAGGUUUAUGGUCUUGAUAUAAAUCCCAGAGCUGUCAAAGUUGCCCGGAUAAACUUGUAUCUGAAUUCCUUAGAUGAGAAUGGAUUCCCAAUUUAUGAUGAUGAGGGGAAGACUCUGCUUGAAAGAGUAGAAUUCCAUGAGUCAGAUCUCCUAUCUUACUGUAGAGAACACAAUAUCAUGGUGGAUCGUAUUGUGGCUUGCAUUCCACAGAUACUCAAUCCGAAUCCUGAAGCCAUGUCAAAGCUAAUCACAGAAAAUGCUAGUGAGGAGUUUUUGUAUUCACUUAGCAAUUACUGUGCACUCCAGGGUUUUGUUGAAGAUCAAUUUGGCCUUGGUCUCAUUGCGAGGGCUGCUGAGGAAGGAAUAACAUCUAUAAGGCCAAUGGGUAGAAUGAUAUUUAACAUUGGAGGUCGUCCAGGGCAAGCUGUUUGUGAACGUUUGUUUGAAAGAAGGGGGUUUCGUAUUUCAAAGCUCUGGCAAACCAAAGUUACUCAGGCUGCUGAUACAGACAUUUCUGCUCUUGUUGAAAUUGAAAAAGGUAGUCGUCAUCGAUUUGAGUUCUUCAUGGGCCUUGUAAGUGAUGAGCCUAUCUGUGCUCGGACAGCUUGGGCUUAUGCAAAAUCUGGAGGGCCAAUUUCACAUGCUUUAUCAGUCUACAGUUGUGAGCUACGCCAGCCAAAUCAUGUCAAAACGAUUUUCAACUUUUUAAAAAAAGGUUUCCAUGAAGCUAGCAGUGCUUUGGAUUUAUCAUUCAAAGAUGAUUUGGUAGCAGAUGAGAAGAUUCCAUUUUUAGGUUAUCUUGCAAAAGUCUUGGAAGAGCAUUCAUUCUUUCCUUAUGAACCACCAGCAGGCAGUACGAGAUUUCGUAAUCUAAUUGUGCAUUUCAUGCGUAUCUAUCAUCAUAUUCCUUUAACUCCUGAUAACAUAGUCAUAUUCCCUUCAAGGUCUGUUGCGAUUGAGCAUGCUUUACGACUCUUUUCACCAUGCCUUGCAUUGGUUGAUCAAAAUCUUACAAGAAACCUGCCCAAGCAAUGGCUUACUUCUUUGUCGAUUCAGAGACGAACAAAUGAGAAAUGCGGUCCUGAGGCAGUUACAGUAAUUGAAGCACCACAUCGAUCUGAUGUGAUGAUUGAAUUGAUAAAGAAGUUGAAGCCACAGAUUGUAGUAACUGGUAUAGCUGAUUUUGAGGCAAAAACUUCCUCAGCUUUUGAGCAGCUUCUUGAUGCUACCCGACUCAUUGGUUCUCGCCUUUUUCUGGACAUGUCCGACCAUCUUGAAUUAUCUAGUUUGCCUGGUACAAACGGGAUACUAAAGUAUCUGGCGACAAAUGCUUUGCCUUCACAUGCAUCAAUUUUAUGUGGACUUGUCAAGAAUCAGGUUUACACAGAUUUAGAGGUGGCUUUUGUUAUUUCUGAAAGUGAAGAAGUUUAUACGUCAUUAGCAAAAACCAUGGAGCUUUUGCAGAGUCGGACACCUCUAUUUAGCCAGUAUUAUUAUGGCUGCCUUUUCCAUGAGCUUCUGAAUUUUCAGCUUCCAGAUCGUCAUCAAACUGCAAAGAGGUUCUAUCCAGAGGAAUAUUCAGGUAAUAUGAUUGGCAUAGCUGAUUCAGCUGUUAAGGCUCUUCAGAAAGCAGAACUUUCAAACCUAGAGCUGAGGGAUGUAGAUGUGAUUCAUUUGGACUUAGACCAAAGCUCGCUUACAGUUCCUUCCACUGUAAAAGAAGCAGUGUUUGAAAGUUUUGCAAGACAGAACAUCAUAGAUGCUGAGACUGAUCUUGGGCUAGGUAUUGAGGAUUUUGUUAAAGGCAAAUUUGGAUUUCCAGCAGAUCAAUGCAAUGAAAUUUUCCUUGGUGAUAGUGCCUUGGCAUUAUUCACCAAGUUAGUACUGGUCUGUAUGCAAGAAGGUGGGACAUUAUGCUUUCCUACUGGGUGCAAUGGAAAUUAUGUUUACGCUGCUGAAUUUCUGAAAGCAAGCAUUGCAAGAAUUCCAACAAGUAUUGAGACUAGUUUCAAGCUUACAGAUAAGAUAGUGGAACAAUUUUUGGGAUCUGUAGAGAGACCAUGGCUUUAUAUUUCUGGUCCUACCAUCAAUCCAACAGGCUUGAUUUACACCAGUGAAGAAAUAUGCUCCAUUCUUUUGGCUUGUGAGAAAUAUGGUGCUCGAGUUAUUUUGGAUACUUCAUUCUCUGGUCUUGAAUUUGAAACCACAGAUUCAAGAAUAUGGAAUUUGGAAUCAGUAUUAUUAAAAUCAUUAAAUCCAUCAUUUUCACUCUCUCUUCUUGGAGGUUCUUCAUUUGAAAUGCUUACUGGUGGUCUUGAAUUUGGCUAUCUCAUUAUGACUCAUAUGCCUUUGAUUGAAGCAUUCAAAGACUUUCCUUGCCUGAGCCGCCCACAUGGCACUAUCAAGUACACUAUUAAAAAGCUUUUAACCAUGUGUGGCCAAAAAUCAAAUGUGUUACUGGAAGCUAUUUGUGAGCAAAAGCAGAUUUUGAAAAAACGAUUUGAGCAAAUGAAAAAGAUGCUUUUGCACUGUGGUUGGGAGGUAAUUGAUAGUUCUGGAGGAGUUUCAAUGGUGGCACGGCCAAUAGCAUAUGAAGGAAAAACAAUACAUUUGAAGCAGCCUCUUAACAAUGGCAUUAAUGAACUCAAACUUGAUGGAGACAACAUAAGGGAAGCUAUGAUGAGAACAGCAGGUCUAUGCAUUAAUAGUAGCUUGUGGACGGGCAUACCAGGCUACUGCCGUUUUGCACUUGCCCUUGAUGAUGCAGGAUUUCAGAAAGCUUUGCAAUCUCUUGGGACAUUUAAAAAUUAUGUUUUUGAGAAUAGCCUGUAGUCUUAAACCUUGGGGUGAAAAAAUUAUGAUUGAGAUGUUCCUUUUUAAGACCAAUUUUUAACAAGCUUUACCAUAGGUCACUUUUUGACCUAUUGAAAUGUUGACAGAUUCCAGAAAGUUAUGAAAAACAGUGAAAUCCAGAAGCACAAUAUUAUCACCAUCAUGAUUUUUGGAAAUCUCAUGAAUUUGAUUAUGAAAAGCAGUAAAGAAAAUGAACAAUGUAUUCAUGUUGCAAAAUUUGUGGCAUUGUGACUACAAUGUUUGAUUAGUAUCUUCAAAUCAAUGUGUUCAAAAUUUUCAAGCAAGCUAGAAAGACCUCUUUCUGUGUGUCCAUAUAUUGUCAGAAACACAAGGAUUACGGUAUUGGUUUGAAAAUGGCAUUGGCCAUGGAUGGAUUGGACAGCAUCCUCCAAGACCAUGUUCCAUGCACCUGGAGAUAUUAUUUGUGAAUGUUUGAUUGGUCAUUGGCACAUUGCAAAAUAAUAAUGUAAAAAAAUUAUAUUCUUUUUACUUUUAAUGAAAGCUGCCAUAAAAUAUUAGUUUAA